CAAUCGCGGUGUUUCCUAGGACACUUCCGUCGAUUUUUAGUCAACAAUGGCUGUGUGCGUAGCAGUUAUCGGCAAAGAUAACUCUCCGUUAUAUAUCGGUGGCAUUGGAAAUGACACGAGUACUGACAACGAGCUUUCGCGUCAGUGGCUCGUCCACACGGCACUCGACGCUCUGGAAGAGAGACUUGCUUCAACCAACACUAACAACUCGGGCGCUAACUCCAACACCUCGCGGACUGAUCUGAGAGACCUGUAUCUGGGACUGCUGUAUUCGACGGAUACACACAAAAUUUACGGCUACGUGACGAACACGCGUAUCAAGCUGGUGCUGGUGACCAGCUCGACGUCUCCGAGCGGCUCCAACAUCCGCGACGCUGAGGUCCGCACGGCGCUGCGCCGGCUGCACGCGCUCUACGCUGACGCCAUCUGCAACCCCUUCCAUCUGCCUGGAGAUCAAAUCACUUCGGCAAAAUUCGACAAACAAGUGAAGAACAUAAUGGUCAACAACGUUUAAUUUUCCUAACAAGAACAACGGAUAGCAAUGUAUAAUUUUCUUAAUCUCUAGCUAAAUAAUUAGCACGUAUUAUAAUUUUAAUGUUAAGUUAUUCUACAUUAUUAUGUAUGACUGUUUAAAUGCUUUAUUAAACCCAAUGUACUAGUA